AUGUUUCCGGAAGAGAAAGUCCGGAAUGAAGUCGCUACCAUGCGGUACAUUUACGAUCAAACCUCAAUCCCUGUUCCUUUUGUCCACCACUGGGGCACAAAGAAAAAAAGUCCUCUUGAACUCAGUCCAUUCAUUAUCAUGGACUUUAUUGAUCACGAGACCAACAUGUACGAUGCUCUUAACACGCCUGGAUGCCCAAGAGCAGAGCAGGCUGCAAAGACUCUGCUUCAGCUAUCUCGACUCUCUCUACCCCGUAUAGGGUCUCUCGAACAGGUUGACGACUUCACCUGGGCCGUGACGAAACGGCCUUUAUCAAUCCCUAUGUAUACGCUUGUCGAACUGGGAUCUUUACCCCAGUCGAAACUCCCAACCACGACAUUCGAUACCACCUCCUCGUACUUCGAGGCCCUAGCGGAGCUCCACAUCACUCACCUCGUACACCAGCGGAAUGAUGCAAUCGACUCCCCCGACGACUGUCGACGCAAGCUUGUGGCUCGCUAUCUCUUCCGCAAACUCGCCCGAAAACGUCGCCUGACAAAGCACUUGGCGUCCUUCGAUGGAGGCCCGUUUAAGCUUUGGUGCGACGACUUCCGCUCAGCCAACAUCCUUCUGAGCAGGGAGCUGGAGGUUGUCGGCGUUGUGGACUGGGAAUUCACAUAUGCCGCCCCGGUUGAAUAUUCGUUUGGGCCGCCAUGGUGGCUUCUGAUUGAGAAACCUGAGUACUGGCCUCGAGGUCUUGAUGACUGGUGUAGCGAGUACGAAAGACGGCUCCAAACCUUUCUGCGAGCAAUGCACCAGCGAGAGGAUAAGGCGAUCGAACAGGGCUGGCUGGAGAGUACGCAGCGGCUCUCGGGCCCGAUGGGGGAGAGCUGGGCCAGUGGGGACAUCUGGAUCGCUUAUGCCGCCAGGAAUAAUUUCGCUUCUGACUUGGUGUAUUGGCGCAAGAUUGAUCAGCGGUUCUUCGGGUCAACUGCUUCCGAUGCCCCAAUUGAUGAUGUCUGGAAGCAGAGGCUUGAGCUUUUGGAGCCUGACGAGAGGGUUGCUAUCGAAAAAACUGUGGCGAUCAAGCUCAAAGAGAUGAAGACUCGGGAGUUGGUUUGGGACCCGAAUGAUUAUACCAAGGAGGCCGUAGAGAAGAUCUUUGGGAGAAAGCCUGCGUGUAAUUAA